CUUUCCACCAGCAGCUGAGGAGCACGGAGAGAGAGGGCAGUUAGUCCGGCCCACGCACGCCGCUCACCGCAGCAGCGCUGACUCACCAGACUCUGCACAACUUUCAUACUUCUGAUCUCUGCUCGGAGCUCAGCCGCUCCCCAUCGCUCCUCUUUGCCUGACGCUAAAGUCUCCCCUCGCAAAGACCCGAGGUCCGUCUUCUUCUCAGAGGAGGACACCUGAAGCUCGGCCCUCAGGAGGUGAUUGGGCACGGCGAUGACGGAGGAGUGACGGAGGCGCUCAGACACCGGAUCAGCUCAUCAGAGAGGAGAGACGGGCGUGAAAGAGACGGAGAAAAGUCCUCAGACAUGACGGAUGUUUGCUUACAGUAGUCGCCUCAUGAGGAGCAGAGAGCAGCUGCAGGCCCCAAAACGUCUCCGAUCCUCUGCCCAGCAUUCCACCGUCGCUCCCUCUGCCGCCGCCGCCGCGUGUUCUCACGUGUAGAUAAACCAUGGACUUCUCCUGGUUCCUUCUCCUCGUGUCGGCCGCCGUCUUCGUCUCCAUCGUCCUCCUGGCCGUCAUCUGUUUGGACUGCAGGAACAAAGGUCCACUGCGGUCCAUCCAACAAACAGCUUCAGAAGAGUACACAUCACCUGAAUUCAGAGUCAUCCAUCCAGCUCCUCUCUCCAUGCCAACUUCCAGAAGCCUUGCGAGCGGCAGCAUCAGCGUUGCCCAGCCGACCCUACCCCCGAACCCCAUCAUCAUCACAACCCCUCCACCUGACCCCCACCUGCGGCUUCCUUUUUCGACCAAACUGGAGCACAGACCUUACACCCCAACAGAAACUGAACCUGAGAAGGACGUUGACGAUCACGAUAAUUACAUAGAGGUGUUACCCGACAAUCCGGAGGAGAGCAAAGGAGUCCCCGCGGACAUCGAGAGCCGAGCCUCGACGCCCAGUUCAGAUCAUAAUUACGUGAACCUCGAUGAAGAAGAAGACGACGACGACGACGACAAACCCUAUGAGAACGUGGCACCAAUAGGUAUAUUGCACCAUGCACCUGACGCUAUGCUCCAACUAUCCGGUACCUUCCCCCGACGUGCGACUUAUCAAACGUCCACUCCGGGUUCAUCCGCUCAGAGCAGCGACGACGAGUACGAGGAGUCCAACUACGUCAACCAACCUAUGGGACUAGUCAACCACUGACGGCCACAUCGAGCGUUCACCUUCCUCCACAACGACGUCCGACCACAGAGUUUUUUUUUCUUUUUUCUUUUUUAAAGCUGAACGACUGAGAAAAGAAACUGAGAUGAAGACCUGAAACACCUUCCUCCCCACUUCCUGCAGGCUCAGCAGUGUCAGUGUGAUCAGACUUUAAAGACGGAGGCGUAAAACUGCACAUUUGAAACUUCCACUUUGGCCAUCAGAUACCUGGAAACCAGGUAAAUGCCAGACGUGCUCUGGAGGAAUCCAUCCUGUUCCAGCGGCGUCCUCGGUCCAAACAGGAAGUUUUGCUUCUUUGGUUUUGUGUAAAUAUCUGCUGGAGUGUUUUUGGACCUUUAUGCUGCAGUUACACUCGGGAACCUGGAGCGGCGCGACUCGACCGGAAAUGACAUGUGAUCUGUUUACGGUGAGGAUUUGUGUUUGCAAAAUUACACACUCGGCAAUUUUGUAGAGCAAUAAAACCAGAAUACAACCAGCCGAGCGUCCCCGCGGCAGACGAGUCCGAUCAUCGCGCCAGCCCAUCACAGCGACCGCAGACGGCCUCACGCCAGCCGUCACCUUAUUUAAAUAAAUUAAAGUAAUAACCGUCAGUCCGAUUUCGUUUCCUCCUUAGUGGGUAGACUGCCGUCCCAUUUUCAAACCGGCUCCCCCUACAGGCUGGAACCGGAACAGGAAGUCAGUUGCUGUGUCCCAAUUCAGGGUCUGCACGCUUGAAGUAC